AUGCUCGAUGCGAGGAGUGUUUUCGGCGUUGACGGCAUUGUAGCCGUCGUGACCGGCGGGGGCACAGGCAUCGGUUGGAACAUGGCUGAAGCAUUGGCCGUCAAUGGCGCUCGCAAGGUAUAUCUCCUCGGUCGUCGUCCCGAUGUGAUCAAGCAAGCCGCCGCAAAGCACCCAGAUGUCAUGGUCCCCAUCGUCUGCGAUGUGACUUCCAAAGAAUCCCUCCAGUCCGCUGUAGACCAAAUUUCCGGAGAGACCGGGUAUAUAAAUCUCCUGAUCGCGAACAGCGGCAUCACUGGACCGAGGAACACUUACGAUUCCUCCUUGUCCGUGGGCGAACUCCGUACGCAGCUUCUCGGUCCUUCAAUGGAAGAUUUCACUCAGACGUUCAACGUGAACGUCACCGGGGCCUGGUUCACCAUGGCGAGUUUUCUGGAGUUGCUGGAUGCGGGCAACAAACACGCUGUAUCCGGCGAAGCUGGGGCCUUUGGCGCACCCAUUAACGGAAAUAAGAGCCCGAGCAUCCAGAGCCAAGUCGUCUUCGUCGCGAGCCUGGCGGCGUUCUCGAGAGCUUACUUCACAGCCCCAGCAUAUGGAGGUAGCAAAGCCGCCAUUUUGCACCUUAUGAAGCAUACCGCCACAAAUCUGGCCCCGUACGGCAUACGAGCAAACGCUUUAGCACCGGGACUCUUCCCCUCGGAAAUGACAACCAACAUGUUGAGCGGCCGCAAUCCAGAUGAGGAGACACGAGACAACCCAUUCUGGAUCCCGACGCAGAAGUUUGGCGGCGAGGAGGAAAUGGCUGGGGCGAUUCUGUACCUGGCCAGUCGCGCAGGGUCGUUCACUCACGGCAAUGUUAUUCUGAACGACGGCGGCCGUGGAUCAGUCAUCCCAGCGACCUAUUGA